AGCAGAUUCGCCCCAUCAUCACAUCGGUGCCACACACACCCUGGACAGCACAAGAUUUUUAGACAUUUGGAAGGACAUCUGUUUUAGCCAUGACCAUGCUUGGAUUAGGCAAAGUAUUUCCCUUUCCUGCUGGAUCUCACCUGCUCUCCCUUGUGCCUCUUUUGUGUCAUGUGGGAACAAUUUAUGGUGAAACUACAGUGGCUCCAGAGACAGGAAAUAGCUCUGCUAACUGUGAAGGAUCCUAUAUUUGCAAGGAAGGUGUCAUCUUACCAAUUUGGGAACCACAGAAUCCAUCGUAUGGCGAUAAAAUUGCGAGAGCUACAGUGUAUUUUGUUGCCAUGGUCUACAUGUUCCUAGGGGUAUCUAUUGUUGCUGAUCGUUUUAUGUCCUCUAUUGAAGUCAUUACAUCACAAGAAAAAGAGAUAACCAUCAAGAAAGCCAAUGGUGAAACCACAAAGACAACAGUGAGGAUAUGGAAUGAGACUGUUUCCAACUUGACCCUUAUGGCUCUUGGCUCCUCCGCUCCUGAAAUUCUUCUUUCUGUGAUUGAAGUCUGUGGACAUAAUUUUCAGGCUGGGGACCUUGGUCCUAGUACCAUCGUAGGCAGUGCUGCAUUUAAUAUGUUCAUAAUCAUUGCUCUCUGUGUCUAUGUCGUUCCUGAUGGGGAAAUAAGGAAGAUAAAACAUCUCAGAGUCUUUUUCGUCACUGCUGCCUGGAGCAUUUUUGCCUACGCUUGGCUCUAUAUGAUCUUGUCUGUUAUUUCCCCUGGUGUUGUUGAGGUCUGGGAAAGUUUGCUCACUUUUUUCUUCUUUCCAAUUUGUGUCGUGUUUGCUUGGGUCGCAGACCGGCGGUUGUUGUUUUACAAGUAUGUCUACAAAAGGUACCGUGCAGGAAAACAAAGAGGAAUGAUCAUCGAGACAGAAGGCGAUAGACCAUCAUCCAAAGCAGACAUUGAGAUGGAUGGGAAGGUUCUCAACUCCCACACAGAAAACUUUCUUGAUGGCUCAUUAGUUCUGGAAGUUGAUGAGAAGGACCAUGAUGAUGAUGAAGCCAGAAGGGAUAUGGCAAGGAUCCUGAAGGAGCUGAAGCAAAAACACCCUGAGAAAGAAAUGGAACAGUUGAUUGAGUUGGCUAACUAUCAAGUCUUGAGUCAACAACAAAAAAGCAGAGCAUUUUAUCGCAUCCAGGCCACCCGUUUGAUGACUGGUGCUGGCAAUAUAUUAAAGAGACAUGCAGCAGAUCAAGCUAGAAAAGCGGUCAGCAUGCAAGAGGUUAACAAUGAAGUUAUAGAAAAUGAUCCUGUCAGCAAGAUUUACUUUGAGCAGUCCACUUACCAGUGCUUAGAGAACUGUGGAACAGUAGCUCUGACCAUUGUUCGUAGAGGAGGUGAUUUGACCAACACAGUAUUUGUAGAUUUUAGAACAGAAGAUGGGACUGCCAAUGCAGGCUCAGAUUAUGAAUUUACUGAAGGGACUGUUGUUUUCAAACCUGGAGAGACCCAGAAAGAGGUCAGGGUUGGCAUUAUUGAUGAUGAUAUUUUUGAAGAAGAUGAAAACUUCCUGGUCCACCUCAGCAAUAUUCGCGUUAACUCUGAGACAACAGAGGUGAACCUUGAAUCUAAUCAUGUGACACCCCUUGCAUCCCUUGGAUCACCCUCUACAACCACAGUUACCAUCUUUGAUGAUGAUCAUGCAGGCAUCUUUACAUUUGAGGAGGCAGUUACUCAUAUCAGUGAGAGCAUUGGCACUAUGGAAGUGAAAGUGUUGAGAACAUCUGGAGCUCGAGGAACUGUUAUUGUACCUUAUAAAACUAUUGAGGGCACCGCAAGAGGUGGAGGAGAAGACUUUGAGGAUACAUGUGGCCAGCUGGAGUUCCAAAAUGAUGAGAUUGUCAAAACCAUAUCAGUGAAAAUAAUUGAUGAUGAGGAAUAUGAGAAAAACAAGACCUUCUACCUUGAGAUUGGGGAACCUCGUCUGAUGGAGAUGAGUGAGAAGAAAGCCCUGUUGUUGAAUGAGCUUGGUGACUUCACUAUUACGGGAAAAACAUUAUUUGGUAAACCUGUCUACAGAAAGGUUCAUUUUAGAGAUCAUCCUUUGCCAUCUACAAUAAUCAACAUUUCAGAGCAAAAUGAGGAGAAGCAGUCUCUUACAAGUAAAGAGGAAGAGGAGAGACGUAUAGCUGAAAUGGGCCGUCCUGUUAUAGGAGAGCAUGUUAAACUUGAAAUAAUUAUUGAAGAAUCAUAUGAGUUCAAGAGCACUGUGGACAAACUUAUUAAAAAGACAAAUCUCGCUCUUGUGGUUGGAACGAACAGCUGGAGAGAGCAAUUCAUUGAAGCGAUCACAGUUAGCGCUGGGGAAGAUGAUGACGAUGAUGAAUGUGGAGAGGAAAAACUACCAUCCUGCUUUGACUAUGUGAUGCAUUUUCUAACCGUGUUCUGGAAAGUCCUUUUUGCCUUUGUCCCACCGACAGAGUACUGGAAUGGCUGGGCCUGUUUCAUUGUGUCAAUUUCAAUGAUCGGCCUCCUGACAGGUUUCAUUGGGGAUUUAGCUUCUCAUUUUGGAUGUACUAUUGGCUUGAAAGAUUCCGUUACUGCAGUUGUGUUUGUCGCCUUGGGAACAUCAGUACCUGAUACUUUUGCAAGCAAAGUGGCAGCUAUCCAGGACCAAUAUGCUGAUGCCUCCAUAGGUAACGUCACUGGUAGCAACGCCGUGAAUGUGUUCCUGGGAAUUGGCGUCGCCUGGUCCAUUGCUGCAAUUUACCAUGCAGCCAACGGAGAUGAGUUUAGAGUUCAACCUGGCACUCUGGCUUUCUCUGUCACCCUUUUCACCAUAUUUGCAUUCGUAAGCAUUGGUGUCCUGCUUUACAGAAGACGACCUGAAAUUGGUGGUGAGCUAGGUGGGCCACGGACUGCUAAGCUUCUCACAACAGCCCUCUUUGCCCUCCUGUGGUUCUUGUAUAUUUUCUUCUCAUCUCUGGAAGCCUACUGCCACAUACCAGGCUUCUAAACAAACACUUUGAUAUAGUAAAUAUAUAAAUAUAUGUAGAAUGAACAGAGGAAAUCAAAGACAUUGCCAUUUCCACUUACCUGCUGAUAGAAUGCAACAGUAGGAGCAUUCCUUUUAUUGCGUAGAAGCAAGAAUCUAAAGGUUUCUUACCCACAGGGGCAUCAUGUUGAACCAGGCAUGGAUGCAGGGACAUCUUUGCAAAUGUACCUAAAACAUGUACUAUAAAUGUUUGACUACUUUUAUUUUUGAAAUGACUAAUCUGAAUGCUACUUGGGCCUUUUUUGUUAAAAUGUAUAGAUGCCGGAAUUACUAGUAACUAUUAUUUUUGUUGUUGUUGCUGUUGUGAGGGAGAGGGUUGAGUGCCUGGAAGAAAAGCAAAUGCACCAUCUGAUGUCCAAAACUAGAGUGACCCAGCUGGCAAAAUGGUCCAAGUAGGUUGUCAAUGAGACAUGUAUGGGGUUCAGAAUUAAACAUACUAUUCCACUUGUGUCCGGGGUAAUUUAUCCUGCCAUGUCCUUUUAGUUUAAUGUGUGGACAAGAAAUAGUUAACUGAAAGCAGCCAAAAAAAAGCCUUCUCCCCUCCAACUAAUUGUUUGCAUUGUAGUUAGCAUGUGUUCCUCACCAUCCUAAAUCACCAAACUACUCUCUCCCAUUUGUGCUUUGCCUACAUAACAUUUUCACUGUAUGGUACAAGAAGUCCUAUUCUGGUAAAGCCAAAAUGUAUGUCUUUGCUCUAAUUUAGGCCAACUCCAGAAUAAUCUGUGCAGGAGUCUCCUGGGCAUUUCCCACCCAUAACCAUUGUCAUGUUUCGGAAUGUUCUGUGCUAUGUGUACUGUUGUGCAUGGAUGAAAAGUAUUUGUGUAUGCAUUAGUCUAGUGAUAACCCUUUAACUAAUGUUGACCGAUUGUGAAAGACAUGGGUGUGUUUUUAUUGUUAUUAAUUUUUUUUUCUUUAAU